AUAAGCAGAGCUUCUCUUCAACGUGCUCCGGUGAAGAUUAAAAACCGACGAGACCCUGGCGCCAUCACAACUACGCAAUCUCAUUCCUCCGUCUUCUUCGGCUUUCAAAUUUACCAUUUUACCCUUCUCUUUCCCUGAGACGUCUUCUUUGGAAAUAUUCUUCUCUUCUUCCAUUCCAAGUAAACCCAAAUUCUCUCUCUCUCUCUAUCUCUCAAAUUUCAAAUUCCGGAUUUAUUGAUUCUCUGGUGAUAAACCUAAACCUCUGGUUUUGAUUUGUGGUUGUUAUUGUUGCUACAUUAAUGGUGCUUUUAAUUUUUUCUCUGAUCCAUUUCUCGCCGUGUGAUUUCAAAUUUCUCCGGCUGUUUUUGUUCGCCGGCGGGCGGUGUUGAUUCGAUUCUAUACGAUUUGAAUUUCCUUUUUCUUUAGGUUUUAGAGUUUCCUUUUCUAUUAAGUAAUCACACAAUUUUACAAAUUUGUUCCUAAAUUUAUUUAUGUCAUUUUACCAACUAACUACCAUUAAUUUGUAUAAAACUCGUCGGCAAUAGCUUCAUGACCUCUUUCUCUCAAGGCUAAGCUCUUGUAAUCUCUGUUGAGAAUUUGUUGUGGAGUAUGAUGAUAAUGACGAAUAAUCUGGAAUUACGUCUUUCGAUUUUUCAGUGAUUUUGAGGUUAAUUGGAAAUUAGAGUGCAAAAUUGGGAUUUAGAUGGGGAUUGCUGAUGAAUCUAAAUGUGUUUUCCCCUUGACGAGUCUCCAGAUCGGAGACUUGCAAUCAUAUCUUUCUGAUCUCAGUAUUUUCCUGGGAAAUAAAAGUAAAAAGAUUUACAUAUUGGUGGAUAACCGGCCAUGGUUGAAUCCUGGCACCAGAUCUGCUCAUUUUUGGCAACUAAUGGUCACAAAGUCCAGACUCUCCCCUUUUGCAAACACGAAACUUCGAGGGGAGAAGAAAAAUCAGAAUCAGGACAGGGAGAAGAAAAAGUCGAAGCAGGAGGAGGAAGAGAAGCCUAAAGAGGCUUGUUCUCAGCCCCAGCCGGACGAUAAAAAAAUGAAGAAGCUUAAGCAGUGGUUCUCAUUGAUAGAUGCGACAACUUUUUCGAAUAAGAAAUUACCUGCAAAGAAACUGCAGAGCUCUUUGUAUCUGAAAAAGCAACUGCACAAGACCUUGUAUGGUUUCAUCGUGUUUGAGAUUGAAUGGGCUAAUGUGAGGGGUAUCAACUACUUAAAUGAGCUACAGACAGACACAUCUCUUGCUAUAGAAGCUAAGUUGAUGCGAAGGUGGGAGUUUGAGAGUAUCGAUCAAGCUGUGAAAAGCAUGUCUCAGUGGUUCUCUGGAUCAAAAGCUGAAAAGUCUUGCUUGAGGGAAUAUCUCGACUCAACUAUAGGAGAGGUUUUUCAUGACACUGAAAUGGAAUUCUCAAAAACUACUCUCUCUGAUGACGAUGACAAUCUUUCUGUUGAAAAUGAUUCUCCUUGCUGCUCCAGAAGUGUCUUCAACGUUAAUCAUUCUGCUGCAAAUUAUGAUGAAAACGAGCCUCACACACCGCCUCUGACUGGACCGUACAAGAGAAGAAGAGUAACUAAGGCAAUCAGCACCGGAGUUGAAGUUGACUAUAUGGAGGAAACACCCAGAAGAAAAGAUAACUCGGUAGACCACUGGGAAAGCCAUGUACCUGAUUGUGACAACAUCAUUGAAGCAACCCAGUAUAAGGAUGUACUAGUUCUUGUUAGGUGUGGUGACCGUGAUCUCCCUUUCAAGUUGCGAGAGGUUAUAAUGGCUGACAUACGAUUGCUUACUUUACUUGAAGCUGGUCUCCCUUCAUGGGUCUUGUUUCUGCAGUCUUAUCCCGGUUUCUGUCAUCUUUAUCGACCCUGGAUGUGCCAUUUCGCCAGAGCAUUAUAUGUGAUGAUAUCUGUCAUCACUGUUGUGAUUGGUUUUUAUGACCUGUACAAAAAUGUCCCUGUUCUGAAGGCUACUGCAUCUCGGUUAUGUGGGCCACUGUUCGAUUGGGUUGAAACAUGGGACAUGGUAUCCCGAAUAAAGUACUUGGGAACGAUGUUGUUUCUUCACAACUUCCAGAAAGCUGUCAAGUGGGCUCUGACUAUGGCACGUGCUAUGCAGUCAUUUGUUUCUUUUUGCAUAAUGCCUCUGGUAAAUCCUCUCUUAGACAUUCUUGAAUUGCUCCUACCGUUAUGGAAUUCGUUGGCGGAAACAGUGGCAAGCUUGGUUUCAGUGGUUUGGAUAGUGAUGGAGUCUGGUUGCAAUCUUGUUGGUGAUGUGGUAGAGUUGGUGCUUUUGCCCAUCUCGCUAGUUUGGAACGUCACAAAUACUGUUUUACUACCUCUAUUCUGGAUCAUAUGGGAAGUGGUAUAUGCACCGAUCAGAGUGGUUGCUGCAUUGGCCAAUUGUUUAGCUGUUUCCUUCUCAUACAUAUUCGAUGUUAUUGGAGAUUUAUGGAGGUAUAUGAGCAGUAUACUUCAGCUUGCAUCAGAUUCUCAAGCAGCUGUGAAGACUUAUGAAGUCUCCAUGUGGCGUACACUUUGGAACGAUCUCUUUUCUCAUGUUUUUCGUGCUGUCAGGAGCAUAUUGAACGGUUUUGUAGCAUUUUUUGCUGCCUGUAACAGACAUCGGCUUAGUACAUAUAAUCACAUACAAGAGUUUAUGGAGAGAGUACAUGGACGAACCACGAGACCAGAAUCUAUAGACUCAAGACAUGGCAAGUCUGUUAAGAACAAUCAACGUACAGGAGACGAAACGAGAAGGAAAUUGCACCUUGCAUAGAAGUCAAAACUUAAAUUCUUUUGAUUACUUUUUCUUGCCAGAGAAUAUGAUAGGUUAGUGUAUAGAUAGAUAGGUUUUACACCACGAAACAUUGUCCCAACUCCCAACUCAGCCAAAUGAUGUAUAUAAGAAAGAAAGAAAACACACACUCACCACUCUUCUUGCAAAUCUUCUAGUGGGUCUUCCUCUUCAGAAUUGGUAAGUUUUCGAUAUAAUAACAAAAAAAAAGAGAGAACAUUUUUAUGAUUUUGUAAAGAAUGUAAUUAUAACUUAUGUAUGGAAACGACUUUAGAUAACAAUGUGAGUUGGUUGAUGAGGAAAC